AUGGCAACUGAUGCGCAGGAUAGUAACAAAGAAAAUAAAAUAGAAUCACCAACCAACAGUGAUGACGAUAUAAAAUCCCAUUCAUAUCGAUUAUUAUCACCUGAUGCUGAACUUCUUUCAGCUGCCGAUGCAGAAGAUGAAGCCAAUUCAAAUGAAUCAGCAUACUCAGACAAUCCAGAAAAACGACUAUCAAUACUAGAGCCUCCAUUAUCCCAUUCAUCACCCGAUAUAUCAAUACCUAUUCGACCAUGGUCGGAUUUUUCACAAGCUACUACAUCAGCUCCACAGGAAAAAUGUUUAUCUCGUUCAUAUCAAUUUGUUCAACUAGAACAAGCUCUUAAGUCAACAAAGCUUAUUGAGAAUUAUCAUGAUCGAAUCAAAUUUAACAAUGAUUAUCGCGAAGCAUUACGAGAAAAUAAAUUUGAAGAAUUUUCAAAAACAUAUCGUAAAAAACUUGAUGAUCAUCAUGAAAAAAUUCGACAAGAACAUAGAAGAAAAAUGACACGAACAUUUACGUUUGUGGAUUUAGAGAAAAAUUUUCUGGCACGCGAUCCAACACGUGAUAUUAAAAUAAUAUUUAUUGAUGAUCCAAUAGUACGUUCAACUGGACAAUCUGCAAGCCUUCAUCCAGCUUACACGACUUAUCCGAAUUCAUCAUUAUCAAUUCAAUCGAAUGAAACUGAUAUUGAAACAUUUUAUGAGAAUAGACUUGAUUAUCUUCUUCAAAAUCCGUCUGAGGCUCGAGAUGAAAUUAUUUUAUACGCUCGUCGAGCUGGUGAACUACUUCAUGAACGUUUACCGCGUUUAUCUCGUGUUCCACAUCGUGUUGAUAUUGUUGAUCAACGUGAAUCUAAAGGAAAUCUUGAUGAACGUACAUUAUUACAAAUGAAACAUAGACAUGCACUAUCAUUAGUAGCGCAUCGUCGUCAAUUGUUAAAGAAAAUGAUGACACAAGCAAAGAAGAAUCAAACUAAAAUGGGAAAAUUAGAUAUGCCAACACCAUUCAAAAUGAAUAGCUCAGUUUAUUUUCGAGAUUUAUUUCAAGAUGUCAAUCAAUUUGAAAAAACAGCGACGGAAGAACAACAAUAUAGACGUCCUCAAACUAGUUAUAAUUCAAGAAUGGAGUUUUCUGUACAUAAUCCUCUGACUAUCUUUGGAAAACAAACACCAGUAGAUUUUUUCAAGGAAUGGUCAUGGCAUGGGUCAUGGUCACUGACGGCAGAAUUGCUCGAUGAACGAUUAUCAUUCCUUGUGAAUCAUUGUUCAUCUAGAGAAAUUGUUGGUGCUGCUAUUGCUGGUGAUUUAUAUCGAUAUCAUCAUCGACAUCCAUAUGAUGCUUCUUGUCCUCCAAAUGCCAAUCCAAUAUUUGAUUUACUUGAUGAAAUGGAUAAUGUUUUUAUCGUAAAGGAUUUCGGUCAAGAAUUACAACUAAAUUUAGUUUUACAGAUGCAAUUGACUGCAGCCAGUUCCAAGCAUUCAGGUAAAAGCAUAACUAGUCAGUUGAACACGGCUAUGAUUAAUUAUGAGCAAAAUGAGAAGGAUUCAAAUAUGCUUUUACUCCAGCAACCAAUCCAGUGA